AUGUCCUGGAGUGAUAUCCUGUACCCUGGCAACCCAGCGAGGUGGGAGAGGAUGGUGCUGUUACACCAGCAGCUGAUCGACUGCGUAGAGCUCAAUUUUGAUGCCAUCAACGAGCUGAUUGUAGCCUUAAACAGACACUGUCACUGCAAGUUGCAACCCAUUAAGAUGAACAGGAAUGGCACCGUCUGGGAGAACUGUGACGUACUCCUCGCAGCCAUACAGUCCAUCCAAGACAUUCUGCAGGCCAUCGACGAAAAGCUGAAGAGAGAACUAGAGCCACUUCUCUACCAAAAGCUUCACAAUUUCCAGGAGACAGAUGCCACAAAGAUGCAGCUUCUGCGCUCUGUGGCCGAGAGGGUGAGCGGCCUCGCUGGGACCGUGGCCAUGGGGAUCUUCGUCAAACUGGCGUUAUCGGAGGUGACAACCACAAUCCUGAGCCAAAUUAUCAAGAUCAUGGGCAAGCUCGGUGCCUCCGUGAUCGGUUGCGCAGCUGGUGUGUUACUGGGCGUGAGUAUCGACUUGAUUCUCAGCGCAAUCCUGGGCGCCGUAGAGAGAGACAAACUGGAGGAGGAGAUUCGGGAGCUCGAGAAGCUGGUGAGCAAGUUGAAGCCAGCCUCUCAGGAGUAUUACAAAACCAUCAUAAAGGUCACCUGCAUGCUGCCAUAGCCGGAGGAGAAUCAGCCGUUCAGAUGACUCCAGACCAAGCUGCAAGUUACCAUUACUUGUAAAAAUAAUGCCGUGGGGAUCAGCUCCCAUCUAGCAUGACUUAGCCCAGCGCCAUUAAAGC